AUGUUGUAUAUUAUAAUUUUAACCUUACAAUUGUUGAAUGACCAUUGUGGCGCUCAAUACUCGCACGCACGUCGCGAUCCACGCAUCCGUCUUUCGGGUACUAACAACACCAAUGACCAGUUGCAUCUCAACGAUCAAAUCGCAACACUCAAUGCAACGACAUUGUACGGUCAGUUGCCGACAUAUGGUUACAGUCAACCAAAAUACGCGACAUCAGUGCGGGCCACACCGCCUGAAGUGGCCAAAUAUCGUAAUCUCGGUAAUUACUUCCAAGUUAUUCCGCCGAAUACUCAACUAACAAUGUUCGAACCGCCCGUCGCCACCGCCAAGCGAGAACUCAAGCAGCAUUCGGAGUAUUUAACGCCGUUUUCAUUUACUCACCGUGUAUUGCACUUGGGGAACGAACAUAAACAGGACUUGCGCCCGCGACGCUACACGAAUUCGAGCUACAAUGCUGAACUUUCACAAAAUGAUUUAAAAGAAACAAAUACCCUCCGCGCUGUCUCAACCGCUAGAAGCACACAGCGAGUACCGCAAGAGAGUGUGCGUAAUUCGCAGGAGCAAAGAGAGCAACCUAAAAUAAUUAAGCAGACACAAUCUUUUCAUGAUAUAUACAUGCGAUUUAAGAAUCCACAACAACAGAGUUUUGGGCAUGUUGAAUUCCAACCACAAAAACGCUUUGAGAAACGUUUCGAGUCGCUAAACAACAACAACAAUGGCAAUCGUCAUCGCGGUGAGAUCGUAUGGGCUGAUGCGACGGGCGGUUACGGUGAGCAUCAUUGGGAUUUGACGCAAGGAAAAUUACGUUGAGGCGCCACCGAAACGUGA